AUGGACUACUCUUUGCAAAAGUUAACUUCUGAGAUUGUAAGGCUACAUGGAGUUUCAAUUUCGAUAAUCUCUGAUAAGGAUCCUCGAUUCACUUAUCAAUUUUGUAAGAAACUGCAUGAAACUUUAGGUUUGAGAUUGGACUUUAGUAUUGCUUUCUAUCCCCAGACCAAUGGUCAGUCUGAGAAGGUGAAGACUGAGUUGGGUGAGGAAUGGAUUUUGGGUCCUAAGUUGGUUUCCAAGACUAAAUAUAAGGUUAGACUGAUUCAGGAUCGUCUGAAGACGGCUUCUGAUAUGCAGAAGUACUAUGCGGAUCUGAAAAGGAGAGAUAUUGAGUACACUGUGGGUGACUUCGUAUUCCUUAAGUUAAAGCUACCUCUAGAGUUAGACCAUAUACAUGACAUGUUUCAUGUCUUGAUGUUGAUGCGGUAUUGGUCUAAUCCAUCUCACAUUGUCUCUGUUGAGGAGAUCGAGAUUAAACUGGACUUGACGUUUGAGGAGGAUUCGGUUUAUAAUUUGGAUCGAGAUAUUAAGGUUCUGAGAAGGAAGUCCAUUCUGUUGGUAAAGGUUUUGUGGCGAAAUCAUAGCACUGAGGAAGCAACAUGGGAACCUCAUGACUCGAUGCAUCAGUAA